UUGUGUCCUCAUACCGGUUCAAAAAUUCCCGCAUAUUUUAACUAACUAUCAUCCCCAGCCACCCUUCUUCUCUCUCCACCAUACAUUUUCAGUUUUCACACCAAAAUCUAGUCUCCGCCGCCGCAAUGCUCCCGUACGCCACCCUGGACGAGGCAGCGGCGGCGCUAGGAAGGAAUUUGACAGUAGCAGAGACGUUAUGGUUCAAUUACUCUGCAAAAAAGUCAGAUUAUUAUCUUUAUUGCCAUAACAUCUUGUUUCUUUUUCUGCUCUUCUCUGUCGUGCCUUUACCCAUGGUUUUCAUAAGUCUCUGGCGAUCUGGUGGGUUUGAUAAGUACAAGAUUCAGCCUAAAGUCAAGUUGUCUCCUUCUGAGACUUUCAAGUGUUACAAGGAUGUUAUGCUUAUGUUCUUUUUUGUCGUGGGGCCUUUACAGUUGGUUUCUUAUCCAUCUGUCAAGAUGAUAGGGAUUCGAACAAGUUUGCCAUUGCCUUCCGGAUGGGAAGUCUUUCUACAGUUGGUGGUGUAUUUCAUGGUGGAAGACUUUACCAAUUACUGGAUCCACAGAUUUCUCCAUGGUAAAUGGGGAUACGAGAAAAUCCACAAAGUUCACCAUGAAUAUACAGCUCCUAUUGGGUUCGCUGCCCCAUAUGCGCACUGGGCCGAAAUUUUGAUCCUCGGAAUUCCAUCUUUUCUUGGUCCAGCUAUGGUUCCUGGGCAUAUGAUCACAUUUUGGCUUUGGAUCGCUUUACGGCAGAUUGAGGCGAUUGAGACGCACAGCGGAUACGACUUUCCCUGGACUCCCACAAAAUAUAUUCCAUUUUAUGGUGGUGCAGACUACCAUGAUUACCAUCAUUAUGUUGGAGGACAAAGCCAGAGCAACUUUGCAUCGGUGUUCACAUACUGUGAUUUUAUUUAUGGAACUGACAAGGGCUAUCGGUUUCAGAAGAAGCUUCUUCGGAAGUUGAAAAAGGGAGUGGAAAAUGGUGUUGAGCAGAAUGGAGGUUCCUACUAUGUUCCUACACAAGAUCUUAAAUCUGACUAGCUGUCGAACAGCAGAGCUCUUAUUCAAGAAAACCUACCAUUUCAAGCUGACGGUGUCCAUAUGCUAGUCCGGUUACCUUCAAGUUGUUAGUGUUUCAGGUGGAUAUGAUUUCAUGUUUUCUGUAACUUGAGGAGGGGAGUUUUAGCGUUGAAUGUUGUCAAGUUUCAGAAUGUGGGGUUUUCUUUAAUUGAAAAGCUGCUGGGUACAAUGACUUGCAACUUCAGAUGUU